GAAUGUCAAAGUCCCAAGAGGAUGCCCUGCAGCCUGGAUCCACUAGAGUGGCCAAAGGCUGGAGCCAAGGGGUGGGAGAAGUUACUUCUACCUCCGAAUACUUCUCCUGUGUUUCUUCUUCACGCAAGCUCUUCCACGGUGGAAUCCAGAGACUACAUCGAGACAGCCCCCAGCCUCAGUCACCCCUGGCCCAGGUUCAGGAACGAGGAGAGACUCCUCCCUGCUCACAACAUGUCUCCUUGUCAUCCCAUUCGUCCUAUAAGACUUGUGUGUCCUCUCUGUGUGUAAACAAAGAGGAAAGGGGCAUGAAAAUAUACUACAUGCAGGUACAAAUGAAAAAAGGUGUGGCUGUCUCCUGGGAGACAGAGGAAACUUCGGAGUCCUUAGAAAAGCAGCCAAGGAUGGAAGAAGUGACCCUUCCUGAGGUUGUGAGGCAGCUGAGACUUAUGGGCCAGAAGAUACUGGAAGAUGGUGUGGCCUUCUCUUGCAAGAGGGAGAAGAAAGAGCCAUGGAGAUAGUAGCAGACAGACUGCCCAAGGUGGAGAUGGCUGCGGCUAUGGUGGUGAUGCUGCGAGGGGGUCUCCUGCCCCAGGCGGGCCAGCUGCCUGCCCUCCAGACUGUCUGCUAUGGCUCCAAGGCUGUUACCUGUCACCAUCGUGUGAUGCAUUUUCGGCAACAGAAGCUGAUUGCUGUGACUGAAUAUAUCCCCCAGACACCAGCCGUCAACCCAACAUGUCUGCCAUCUCCUCCCGGCCCCCAACAGGAGGAGAGGGGCCUCAUCAGGCUUCUCCACCGGGAGGUAGCAGCAGUUUUCCAGGACAACCAAAUGAUAACUGUUUGCCAGAAGGUGGCUCCGAGCGCAGAGGACAAGCUUCUUAUGCAACACCAGCUGCGGAAACGCAAGAUCCUGAUGAAGGCCUUCCCCAACCAGGUACCGAAGCCCUUCCUGGAGGAUUCCAAGUGCCAAAAUCUGCUGCCCCUUUCUGUGGGGCACAAUGUGCUACUGGUCAGUGAAGAACCCAGGGUCAAGGAGAUGGUCCGGAUCUUAAGGACUGUGUCAUUCCUGCCGCUGCUAGGUCGCUGCAUCAGUGACACCAUCCUCAGCAGGCAGGGCAUUAUCAACUACUCCAAUCUCCCCAGCCUGCCCCUGGCACGGGGGGAGCUUGUAGUAGGCCUCAUCCGCCUCACCGCCCAGACCCACUCCCUGCUCCAGCACCAGCCCCUGCAGCUGACCACCCUGUUGAACCAGUACAUCAGACAGCAACGCGAGAAGGAUUCUGUUUUGUCAGUCAAUGGGAAGCCAGAUCAUCCUGACCCUGUUCCGGACUCUUACCCAGCCUGUUUAGCCAGCCCUGCCCAUAAAUACACUGUCUGAUUGGCUGUGCUGUCCACCAUGGGAGAUGUGGAAGAACUUGGGGUGGGGGAGUGCGUUUGUCACUGGGCUUUACUAACACUGGACAAUAUCACUCCCACACUGGGGGAGUGAUAUUGUCAGGUAUAGGGUCACUCAGAGAUGGAGAGGAUUCCAUUUCAAAUGGAGCCUGUCAGUCCCUGGUUUGGUCCUUAGUUUUCCUAACUUGGGACCCAAUAGGAGCAAAGGUCCAAGGCAGAGAGGCUGAAAAGAUAAGGCUAUUACCCCCUGCCUCCUUGGUUACUGCCCCUUGCUGCAAGGGCUCCUGAGCCCACCCCCUUGGGGCACA